AUGAUGAACGGUAGAGGUGGGGUAGGAGGAGGCGGGGGUGGAGGAGGUCCGGUCAAGGGGCUGGGAGAGGUGCUGUCGCUGCCGAUCCUCCUGGCGGAGCGGGUGGCGAAGGCGGUGGACGAGGCGGAGUCGUUCAGGUCGGAGUGCGCGGAGGUGGGUAGGCUGGCGGAGCAGGUGGCCACCAUGUUCCGCUCCGCCGCCCGCCGCGCCGCCGCCUACGAUCGCCCCGUCCGCCGCGUCCUCGCCGAGGCCUCCAAGUCCCUCGAGCGCGCCCUCGCCCUCGUCCGCCGCUGCAAGCGCUCCGGCGUCCUCCGCCGCGUCGUCACCAUCACCACUGGUUCCGCCGACUUCCGCAAGACCCUCGCCCUCCUCGACGCCUCCCUUGCCGACCUCCGCUGGCUCAUCUCUAUCUACUCCCCCGACGACGACUCCGGCGCCGUCAUCAGCCUGCCCCCCAUCGCCAGCACCGACCCUAUCCUCUCCUGGGUCUGGAGCUACCUCCCCACCAUCCACUCCGCAGCCCACCACCCCGCCGACCGCGCCGAGGCCGCCCAGGCCCUCGCCAACCUCGCCCUCGACAACGACCGCAACAAGAAGAUCAUCCUCGAGGAGGGCGGCGCGCCGCUGCUCCUCGCCCUCCUCCGCGACGGGCCCUCCAUCGACGCCCAGAUCGCCGCCGCCGCCGCCCUCGCGAGCCUCGCCUCCGCCCCUGAGCACGUUGCCGUGCUCCUCCGUGAGCUCGCCAUCCCACCGUCGUAA